AUGGACAAAGCAAGAAGAUUAAACAUUGAAUUAAAGCAUCAUGAGGUUAACAUAAUUAAUGUAGUUCUUUCCUUAAACCUUUUUUUUUCUUCACCUUCCCCACAGAACUCUAACCUCAGCACUCAGGAUCAUGAGAACAUCAUUGUGGCCAUUGCUCCUCUUCUGGAGAACAACCACCCACCACCUGACCUGUGUGAAUUCUUCUGUAAGCACUGUCGGGAGCGGCCACGCUCCAUGGUUGUGAUCGAAGUGUUCACUCCUGUGGUCCAGAGAAUCCUCAAACACAAUAUG